UUGCAUGUUUUUAUAUUUAAAGUAGUUUAAUAAAAGAGGAGGCUUGUGAAACAGUAUACGUAGUUGGCAAUUGCAGUUAACUGUCCUGGGGCCCUGACAAUCUUGUAGUCCAUAUUAAACUUGUUUUUACUUAGGGUAAAUGUAUAAUAACUAUUUUAUUUUUUUGCUAAAAUUACAGAUGCUGAAAUGUUUCUUGAUACAGAUUUGUGUGUGAGAGAGUGUUUACACACACACACACAAAUCUGUGUGAAGGAACUUUUCAUAUCUUUCUCAGAAAAAGAGUUUUUCUUAUAAAUUUCCAUAAAACUUUUUAUUAAAGAUUAGUUAGUUAAAUGGUGGACUUUAUAUGGGGAAAAUUGGCUCAACAAACGAAAUGAGUUCUUCAGCCCUGAUGAGGCCAUGAUGAUUAACUACAACUCCAGUGACUCGAGAAAACACAUAAGGUUUGCCUAUGAAUAAUUUAAAUAACCCUCCUCCUAACUGGAACAUUCAUCCUAAUGCAAGAAAUAAUGAAGAUCAUGGAAGCAAAUGGAAUUAUGCUUUGUUGGUUCCAAUGCUGGGAUUGGCUGCCUUCCGUUGGAUUUGGUCCAGAGAAUCUAAGAAAGAAAUAGAAAAAGAGAAAAGAGAUGUCUAUAGAAAAUUUUCUUUUCUACAGAAAGAGCUUGAAUCUAAAUAUCGCGACAUAAUUAUAGAAAACCGCAAAAUGGUUGCCCACUUGGAAUUAGAAUUGGAGAAGGAACGGAACAGAACCCUAAGUUAUCGCAAUGCACUAAUCUCUCAGAGUUACAAAUUGGUAGAAGAAAGAAGAACUUUGGAACAAGAGCGCACAAAGGUAGAACAAGAGAAACAGAUUCUGCAGCAUUCUGGUGCUGCUGGUGCUUUGUAUAAAAACUGCUUGGAGAAGGAAGAUCAAUGGCAAACAAAAGCCACUAUUUUACUAAAAGAGUUUGAAGAAGCUUUAAUGGAAAGGCAGGAUAUGUAUUGCAGCCUUGUACUGCCAAGAUAUCAUCGGUUGGCAGUGGAGAAAAAAAUGCUAGCCAAAGCAACAACUGAUCCAAUUGGUUUGGAAUUGGAACUGGAAGAUGGGCUGAAAGAUAUUUUCAGAUAUGAUACUUUUUGCAGCAAUUUAUUAAAUACCAAUAAAAAUCAAAAUGGAAAGCUCAUGUGGAUCUACCUUCGAUAUUGGGAGUUAUCUGUCGAAGUCAGAAAAUUUAAGAAGGCAGAGAAGAUAUUUUUGGGAAACACUGGCUAAAGCUAAGCCACCCUUAGCUUGUAUUAUAUCAAUGUAGUCCUCUCCAGUUCUGUUAAACUUUAACCCACAGAAUCCUCAUGCUGAUUUGUGAUAUCCAUAUAACUUUGUGAGGUAUGUAUCAGUAUCUUUAACAUUCAUCAUUAAUAAUAUCAGUCUUUUUUUGAUUACAUCUGUAAUGGAUGUUACCAUAGUAAUGUAUGGCUACUAAAUACCUGUGGUUUUUGUAUUAGCAGUGCUAUUAUGCUCAGUAGGAUUUAUUUAAAAAGGGUAUUUCCACACUUCUACAAUCCUUUCUAUGCUGUCAUGCUUUUCAUUCCUCAGACCCUCCAACACAGAUAGUCCUUGACGUAUGACUAAAGGCGUCUGCCCAUUAAAAUCAUAUGUUAUAAUGGUUGCAAAAUUUUAUGACCAUUUGCAGCAGAGAAGAAAACCCCUGUAGGGAACUAAUUGUUCUCUAUGGGUG